AUGGCAAGGCCGGCUGAUGCAACACCUGUAAUUCUUCCAACCCACAUCUCCAAAACUUUUCUCUUCGAUCCAAACCUUCUUGAAUCCAAACUGACUGGCAAGUCAAGACUGUUGAUUCUUUGUUCUCCAUCUAACCCAACCGGAUUUGUUUGCCCGAGGAAACUGCUUGAAGAAAUUGCUCAAAUUGUGGCGAGGCAUCCUCGGCUUCUGGUGCUGUCUGAUGAAGUAUAUGAACACAUUAUUUAUGCACCAGCGACUCAUACAAGCUUUGCAUCUUUGCCAGGCAUGUGGGAGAGGACUUUGACUGUCAAUGGGUUUUCUAAGACCUUUGCAAUGACUGGUUGGAGACUUGGAUACCUAGCUGGUCCGAAACACUAUGUUGCGGCAUGUGGAAAGAUUCAAAGCCAGAUUCUCUAA